GACGGCGUCUGGGCAGUUCUUAUUGGACAGUGGUACGAAAACAUACCUCCGUUGAUCAUGCACGAAAUUCGCGAGCUGGAAAUGUGGAUAUUGAAGUUACUUAGCGCUCCGGUCCCAGUGCCUGAUCGGACGCGUGUCGAGGUAAGCUCCGGCAGUGAAGUGUCUUAG